UACAGAGAGGCUGUUCUUACACAACGUAAAAGGAAACUGCUGCUUGUCGACAAGAUGAAAUUGCUGGAGAGUACACGUUUCGAAGCUAUAAACAGUGCCUUGUCCAUCAAGACUGGAGACAGCAAAAUAAUAGGCAGAAUAGAGAGUUACUCUUGCAAAAUGGCUGGAAAUGAUAAACAGUUGUAUAAACGUUUCAAUGCAGAGCAAGGUUUUACUCCACAUGAUCUUCAAGCUUUAUCACCACCACAAACAUGUUUAGGAACAUCACCUGCUCAAGGGUACUUUAGCCGCAGUGUUUCUGGUGAUGAAGAUGGUCCACUAUGUGAUACAAUCAGUAGAAAAACAUUAUUCUAUUUGAUUGCCACUUUGAAUUCAGCUUUCCAUCCAGAUUAUGAUUUUUCUGAUGCUAAGAGUCAUGAAUUCAGUAAAGAACCAAGCUUGCAAUGGGUCAUGAAUGCUGUAGAUAGUAAUUUGAGUGCAACCGCGGUUGAUCACUAUCGUACUCUUCGAACGGCACUUUGGGCUGCCAUUGAUCAUGAAAUAUCUUUAAAUGAAUGUGAUAUUUAUAGUUACAAUCCAGAUUUUGCAUCUGAUCCAUUUGGAGAAGAUGGCUGCUUGUGGUCUUUUAAUUAUUUCUUCUAUAAUAAGAAAUUAAAACGCAUUGUGUUUUUCCCAUGCAGAGCAAUAAAUCCUCUCUACGUGUUAGAUUCUGGUGUUGGCAGUGAUUUUGCCAUGGAUGAAGAUGAAGACAGAUACUAAAUUCAUAAUACAUGUUUACAAACUUCAUCACUAUCUUUAUUUGUUCUGCCAUACAGAGGCAUGAAUGAACAUUAAAUUUCACCUAUUAUAGUAGUGUUACGUUUAACUAACCGCUACUAUCCCCACUAGUUCUUAGAACUAGUUCCCCGAAACUUCUGACGUUACACAAUUAAAAUAAAUAAACGUGUCAGACAUCCCUCUUGCAUUCAACGGAGUACUUAGAAUUUUCUAGAAUUAUACUUCUCUUGAAAACUGAUCAGAUAUGAUCCCGAGCCGCGGUUAAUUAACGCGGCACUACUGUACGUAACUUAUUAUGUACAGUGAUACAUUUCAAGUUUUACAAUUAUUUCGUUUAUUUUCACUUACAGUGAUGUUUAUUUUUAACAGAAAAUUUAAUCAAUUUAAUUUUCCGUUUCUUUUUUUUGUACGAUAUUAAAGCGUAAUUGUAGUCAACAAAAAAUCAAACAGAAGAACAAUACUGUAUGAUCUUGAAAUUAUGUUGUUUUCCUUAUAAAUUUAUAACUUUCAUAUAUACAUUCACUAUUCAAAAUAUUUUAAACAUAUAAAUCUGCUAUAUAGUAAUCAAAUUUUGAUAAGUCUAAGAAUUAGAUUUUAUUUCUAUGUGAAAUGUUCAAGAUAUCAAAAUAGAUCUUUAUUAUCAACAAUUAUUAAAAGAGAAAUUUAUAUAACAAAGCAACAAACUUAACGGAUUCUAAAUUAUUGUUGUGCUAUGUUGCUCUAUUAGAGCCCUUUAGAAUUAUUAUGAUAGUAACAAUAGGGAAAUUAAAACAAAUCUAAUUUGAUAUUAUAAAAUGGGAGUAUAAAAUUAUGAGAGCAACAAUAGAUCUAAAAGUGCAACGUUAACUUUUGAAUCCUAGUCAUUAUAUUUUUAAGUUACGAAAAAUUUGUUAGCUGUUUGUGCUCUUUGCUAUGAAAAUCAGUCAUCUGAUGCUUCUUAAUGUCUUUGAUAAGCUUUUCAUAUAAAAUUGUUUAUGUUUCGUAUAUUACUUUUGAUAAAUAUACACGAUUCUAAUAUAUGUAUUGAUAUAUAAAUACUCAGUUUUGUGCACUAUAAAGACUUCAAUUCAAUAUUUUGAAUUCAUUCUAAAUAAACUGAUUAGAUCAUGCAAUAUGUAUAAACUUUACAAUACUUAGUAGAUUUUACUGUAACUUUCGUGUAGAGUGGAAAAUUUAAUUUUAUGUCACUCAUAAAUAUAUAUAUAUGUAUACAUAUAUCUGGAGAAUUUAAAAAAUAACAUUAUACUGGAGUUACUAGUUUUUGAUUCAAAACAGUGAUUAUCUGGUAAUUUGUAUAAUAUAUGUGUAUAACCUUAGUUCCCUUAAGACUACAUGUUUGUCUGUCAACAUCUGAAUAAACUUUAUGAGCUGACAAAAUUCA